CCACACGACCGGUUCAAAGUCCGCCCGAUUCAUCUGUGAGAAAAUUCGCAACUCAUUCGCCGAGAUGAAUAAACAAGUGGCUGGAACGCUUUUCUCUUCUCUUAAACUGCUGACUCGAUCAAGAGUUCCGGUGGCUCGUAAUAUGUGCGCGGUGGCCACGGAUGCAUCCGCACAGGGUGCCGAAAAGAAGUACAGCUUUAAGACGCUAAAACUGUCCACACCUAGCCCGUUUGUGGUGCACGUCGAAUUCAACCGUCCGGAUCGCAUGAACGCCUUCAAUCGGCAGCUAUGGCUUGAGAUCAAGGAUUGCUUCGAACAGCUGCACAACGAUCCAGAUUGCCGGGUGGUAGUGCUGUCCGGUGGCGCUUCCAAGCACUUUACUGCCGGUAUCGAUCUGUUCGAUAUGAUGAAACUCGGCCAGGAGCUUGGUGCGCUCGAUGAAGUUGGGAGACGUGGGCGCCUGCUGGAGGGAACCAUCAAGUUGUACCAAGACUGUAUCACCGCACUGGAGCUUUGCUAUAAGCCGGUUAUCGUGGCGGUGCAUUCGGCGUGCAUCGGGGCGGGUCUCAAUCUCAUAACAGCUGCGGACAUUCGUUACUGUACACGCGAUGCUUGGUUUUCGCUCAAGGAAGUUGACAUUGGUCUGGCGGCGGAUGUUGGUGCGUUGCAGCGGUUGCCCCGGGUGGUCGGCAAUCACAGCUGGGUGCGCGAGCUAGCGUUUACGGCGCGCAAGUUUUCGAGCGACGAAGCGCAUGGUCACGGGUUGGUGUCACGUCUUUUUGACACGCGCGAAGCUCUGCUGGAGGGAGCGAUCGAAUUGGCGCGGGAGAUUGCGAGCAAAAGUCCGAUCGCGGUGCAGGGUACGAAGAAGAACAUUGUCUACUCGGGCGAUCACUCGGUGCAGGAGGGUUUGGAUCAAAUCCGGCAAAUGAACAUGCUGCACCUCCAGAGCGAGGACUUCCUUAACGCCGUCAUGGCAUCGCAAUCCAAGGAAACGCCCGUUUUUGCCAAGCUGUGAGAGAGGUGAUAUCGGGCGAUUUGGGGUCUGUGCAUUUAGUUGAUAAAUGAAAAAUACAUUUCUUGCGAUAAUU